ACGUCACCGCGGUAUACGCACAUCGCGGUGACGUCAGCCGGCGCACAGAAUAACAACAAGAAGCGGUGUAAAAUGGCGAAAGCGGGAGCCGUGGUUCUGUUCGCCGUCUUCGCGAACGCGGCAUUCGUUGGCGUCAGUGCAGAGAGCAAUGCUCAAAUAAACGUGCUGGUACAAUCUCUCAACCAGUCCCGGCAGUUUGAGGUUCGUUUGGACGUGACGGUGAGCGAGGGUAAAGUCUCUGUGAACACGCAUCCCGUGGGCAGCAACGUGGUGACUCGUGUGGAUUGCCAGGCUGACGUGGCGGAGCUGGCCACUGAUGGAGUGUCGGUGCUGCAGCAGUGGUCAUCCCCCGUGAGUCUCCGUGUGCUCGUGCUCGAGUCUCCCAUCUCGGGGCAGCCAGGCCGGCCGGGCAUCGUGGCCCAGCUGCAGGUGACUGACAUCGACUCAACGCAGGUGACCCAGGCGUUGGUGCCGAUGCUGGAGGUGACGUUUGGAAUGUCGCAGAACGAAGUGCGGCGCGCCACGUGGAGCGUGCCCAUGGAGGAGAGCAUGCUGUACAGCAUGCCACGUGACGCGGACACCUACGGCACACUGCCCAACACGCCCGGGAAAGAGCUGCCCGCGGGACCCCUGCAGACGACCAGCCACUACCCGAUGGGUCAAGCGGAGACCACUCUGGAGGAAGCAGCCGCUCCGGGGAAGCUCCCCGAGACGCCUCUGCGCGCCGAGCCCCCUUCCUCGUACAAGCUGGUGUGCCAGCGGGCCGAGAUGCUGCGCCAGGAGGUGUGCCGCCUGUGGAGGAGCCUGUGGCAGCAGGCCCUGCCGCUGGUGUGCGGCGCGGCGCUGCUCGUGGUGGUGGGGGCGCUGGGCGGCACCGUCAUCGUGCUCGGCCUCCGCGUGCUGUGCCCGCACGCGCACGACAGCAAGUUCGACUCGAAGGCGUUUUACGUGGACAACCUCCAGAUGGACUUCCAGCCGCUCAUCGUCGACAAGAAAGGGACACCGUGCUAGGAAGAUGGGGGGGAGCGCACUUUUAACCCCCGAGCCGAUUUCAGUGAAACCUCCCCACCCCCACCACCCCCUUGUUACUUACGCGGCCAUAAGCCGCCAGCUGUUCCUCCCCACCCCCAUCAUUGCGCGCGAGUUCUCCUUGCCCCUCCCGGCUGUCUGUCUCUUCUGUCUCUCUCUCGGUUUUUCUUUGAGAGCCACGCUCCUCGUCGAGAGUUGAAGUGACGAUGCUGGCUCGCUGUGUAUCGGAACGGUUGUGCUGUGUAACAAGAGUGAUAACGAUAUUGACGAUAAUGUUUUGUCUCCUUACGUUGGACAUUGAGUUCAUAGACUAUGAAUCCAUUAGGAAUUCCUGGGGGUUGUGCUCUUGAUGCCUGAGGCUCGUAGAGCCAGAUUAAGGCACGUUUAGGGUUCAUUGUUCAUUACUGGGAUGCAGUCUUGGGCUAGCUUUUAGAAUGGAUUAUUAGGGCUCCAUGCUAAUACCUGAGGCUCAUAGAGACGCACUAAGGUACUCCUUGGAUUGUUAGGCAUCACUGAUUAUUCCUAAGGCUCACAUGGCCAGUUUUAGGAUCCAUUGUUAACCACUGAAAUUCACAGAGCCAGGCUUGAGGACCUUUAGGGUUCUUAGAAUAAAGCAUUCAUACUUAAUACUCACCGAGAUAGAAUAAUGCACUUUAAAAGAUUCUUCUGGAUCAUUGGUAAUUGCUGAUAU